AUGAAAGGCAUUAAUGAUUUCUCCAACGCACUCUGCAGUAGAGUUGAAAUUAAUCCCGCCAAAUCGAUAUCAACUGGAAUUGGACCAGAUAAUCACAGUUUCGACCAUCUUCAACAUGGUUUCAUCAAAAAUCGUACCAUUCACUACAAUUCCGGGAGGAGACCGAGAGAUUCGAAGAGAAACACCUUCUUGUCGAUGUACUGA